GGCGGGAGAUUUCGAUGACAAAACUGGCGGGAACACACGAGGCCCAUUGGCGCCCCUGGAUCUGUUCGCUGGGGCGCCCGCGGAUCGCAAUCCCCCCGUGUCUUCGGCGGGCUGCUGCAGAAAACCACACACGCAUCCGUCGUCCGCCGGCUGCACACGUGGUCCGCCCCCCCAACUACUCGGCCGCACAUGCGGGAGCCUGCCAGUCGCUUUUGACGGGUUCGUUUUGGCGCGAAGAUCAGCGUGCCAUCGCCUUGACAUAAUCUUUUUGGCGCGCGGGUUAGGCGGGGUGGUGUGAGACAGAAGCAGCAGGCCUCGACCAGGACAGCUAUGGCGGACGACGAGUACCGCUCUCGCAUGCUGAAGGAGAUCGAGAUUGCUCUUGGCACUCCCUUGGGCCAUACUUCUCUUGCACCCAAACAGAAACCCAUUAUGUUGGUCAUCAGCGGGGCAAGCGGGGUUGGCAAGGAUGCCGUAAUCGAGCGUCUUUUGGAAGUUCGACGCGAUUUGCACUUUGUGGUGACUGCGACGACUCGGGCCAGGAGACCUAACGAAGUAGAUGGCAAAGAUUACAUUUUUGUUUCUAAAUCGGAGUUUGAGCGAAUGAUUCAUGAGAACGAGCUUCUUGAGCACGCCAUGGUCUACGGUGAGCACAAAGGCGUUCCAAAGAAGCAGCUUCGCGAGCCCAUGGCCAGAGGAAAGGAUGUGGUAAUGCGUGUGGAUGUGCAAGGUGCUGCCACCGUCCGAUCGAUUGUGGGCAAUGGCGCAGUAUUCAUCUUCCUCGUCGCAGAGAGUGAGGCCGCUCUGACCAAGCGACUGAUCGGGCGGAAAACGGAGACGCCAGAUAAACUUCUUGUCAGAGUGAAAACUGCGGCCGAGGAGCUUCGCAGAAUGAUCGAGUUUGAUUAUGUUGUUGUCAACGAGGAAGGACAUCUCGAAGAAACUGUCAGACGUAUCGGUGCUAUCAUCGACACGGAGAAAUCGAGGGUUCAUCCGAGAACCCCAAUGUUCUGAAGUGCUCCAGCCAUGGAGGAAGAGGAAGAGGAAGAGGCGAUCAGAUAAGCUGAAGGAGUGAGAAUGCCAGCUAUGGUGGACAAGGAGAGUUUGAGAGCGAAAGAAGACGACGACGACGUAUAUAUAUCUCGUGUGACACCUGUCGGGACAGAGACGCGGUGUGCCUUGGCUGUGGAAUGCAUCAUCUAUGCCAUAGCCAUUAUCAAUCUAUUGCGACUGCCGCCGUCUGUCCUGAAGGGUGUCCAACAUUUCCUCAUUGUACACAUCCCUAUCACCCAGAUAUAUGUUGUCCCUAUUGUGCCCAAGGACGCUAUCAGAACUGUAUGAUGCCGCACUGUGAUGAACGUCCUGCUGUGUUUUUGACAUGUGGACAACAUGUCCUCUGUCAGGACUGUUUUGAUGGGAUGGUUCGUGCUAGCCGUCCUGCAGAAUGCUGUGCUGGCGCAGCUCUCCUUGGGCAUCCUUGUGAACAUCCACAUCAUCCUUGCCGUAGCUGUCCUAUCUGCCGAGGUGGGGACAGGUAAAGAAAAAAAGAAGAAAAGAAAAAAAGAAGAAAAGAAAAAGAGAAAAAGAAAAAAAGAAAAAAAGAAAAAAAGAGAAAAAAAGAAAAAAAAGAUAAAGGACACGUUGAUCUGUGGGAUGUGUUAUUUGCUUUGUGAUAAUUGGAUUAUCUUUUCUUUCCCUAUCUUUCUUUCCCUGUCAGGUUUGGUUUCCUCCUUUUCUUUACCUCUUUGCCUUUUGGCUGCGUGCAAGUGGGUCCUUGUGACACACGGGGAUGGGGCCAGCCAGCGCUCAACCUGUCAUCCGCGUGGCUGGCCUUGUACGUAAGAGGUUAUGAACAGGUGGAGCUUUCCUUACCUCUUCCCCUUCCCCUUUUUUCCUUUCCCUUUUUUCUUUCCCCUUUUUUUUGCUUCUGCGCUCUGAUUCACAAUGUGACAAUAUAUAUCUAAUUAAUCAAUUCAAGGAGAGGAAUAAUUAAUUAAUUAAUUAAUUAAUUGAAAUUGCAGGAUUUUCUGUCGUAAACCACCGGUUCGGCCGAAGCUAAGUUGGCCUCUUACCACUGUAUGCUGUAAGAGUACGCCGCUUCGUCCUGCCCGAUCCAAGGGGGGUACAGAAGGGGGGCUUGUGCGAAAUCCCGAGUACCCAGACGUCGGCCAUUUUUUAUGCUGCUUGAACUUAGACUCGUCCAAUCUGGUGGUUUGCAUUCCUCAUUUUUUGGCCCUUCUUUUGGUGUUUUUCUUGCAAUUUGUCUGUGAUUUGUAUUGAAAAUUGAAUUGAAUUGUUGUGGCGGGGUUAUACCUAGGAGUGGUAGAGUUGCUCGGAGGAGUGGUGGAGCUACUCGGAGGAGUGGUGCGGCGGCCGUUGUUGGCAUUUUUUUUUUCAGUGUCGAAUCUGCCGAUGCUUAAGAUCCGUGAUAAGUUGUCGACUUCUCCCUCCCCCCCCCCCCCCCCCCCCCGUCCCCCUCUUAUAGGGUAGUUCCCCUUUCUUCUCUCUUUUCUAUAGCAUCAUGGAUAAGGAUAUAUUUGGGUCUGGGUUCCAGGUCAUUCCGUUUUAAAGGCUAGAAGCGGGAAAGACGUGAUUUUUUGACUGAUCGAGAGGGGUCUUUAUGGCCUCAAGCAGACUGUUGUCUUACAUUCUUUAGGCAUUCUCUUUCAAGGGAGUGCUUUUUUCAAAGAUGGCUUUUUCAUCAAACAAAGUCUCUUUUCACAGUCUGAUGUAUCUGAAGUGAAGUUCACAGCUGCUGCUGAUGUGGGCUUUGAUCUGGUUCUGUCAGAGUGUGAAGAUAUUGACUGUUGUUGACGAGAUAUUACCCAUCCGCGGGUCGAAGGGGAAGAGUACACAGAAUCAUGACGAGGGUUGGAAGGCUAUGCUGCAGACUUUGUGCUCUUGCCUGGCCUUGGCCUUGACCUU